AUGGCCCCUUCUUCAACCAUAAUCUCCAAACUCAAGGUCCAAUUGAAGCUCUCGAUUGCUCGCCUUCGUAUGGUACAGCAGAAAGAUGAAGCUGUUUCGAAGCAACAACGUAGAGCUAUGGCUCAACUUCUGGAGACUGGGAAAGUAGAAUCUGCAAAGAUUCGGGUCGAGAAUAUUAUUCGAUCUGACAUUACUACCGAACUUCACGAAAUCCUCGAGCUCUACUGCGAGUUACUCCUUGCGCGGACGGGACUUAUGGAAUCAUCACUCUGCGAUCCGGGUUUAGAGGAAGCUGUGAAAAGUUUAAUAUAUGCGGCGCCCAGAACAGAGAUUAAAGAAUUACAACAAGUGCGAGCAUUACUGUGCGAGAAGUACGGGAAGGAGUUCGCAUUGCAAGCUAUGGAGAACAGUGACGAGAAGGUAUCAGAGAAAGUAUUAAAGAAGCUUUCUAUUACUCCGCCGGCGCAAGAAUUAGUGAACGGGUAUUUGGAGGAGAUUGCUAGGACGUACGGAAUUGACUGGCCAAAAAGAGCAAAGGAAGAUCUUGGACAAGGCCCGGAAUUCGUAGAUGAUGACGAUGACGAGAACCCGAGUGGCGGACAGGCACAGAAGAACUUGGAGGCGCCGCUGGUAGUAGAUGGUAGAGCCGAUGAGGAAAGAGAGGAGUUAAUUAAAGCUACUCCGCCAAAAAACUUUGGACCAUCGAGCCCAUUGAGAGUUAACCCACCCAGCCCCAGGACGGACAAUUUACACCCCAGAGUGCGUGGAGCGUUAGAUCUAAAGCCAACAAAAAAGAUGCAAACUGUAAACGCUCAAAAACCUGGCCUCCAAAGUAAAGGCCCAGUUGGUGGUACGAUACCAGAUGUGGAUGAGUUAGCGGCGAGAUUUGCAGCACUAAAGAAAUAA